GUAAAACAAGCAUAUAACACUCAUUCUUCUAACUUUCAAAGCUACUUUCCUGCUAUUUUAUCUCUCCUCAAGCUUUGAUCUGCUCUUGGCUGCAUUGCAAGCAAGUUCUUUGUUUGUGUACAGAGAGAGAGAAACAAUUUAGAAGUUGUUGAAAUGGAUAGGGUGAGAGACUUGGCGUCGAAGAAGGCUGCAGUGAUCUUCACCAAGAGUUCAUGUUGCAUGUGUCACAGUAUCAAGGCACUGUUCUAUGAACUUGGUGCAAGUCCUGCAGUUCAUGAACUUGAUCAAGAUGCAAAAGGAAAACAAAUGGAGGUCGCCCUUAGAAGCCUGGGCUGUAACCCUACAGUCCCAGCUGUGUUCAUAGGAGGAAAGUUUGUUGGUUCAGCCCCAGAGAUCAUAUCCCACCAUCUCGACGGGUCUUUGAAGCAAAUGCUCAUUGAUGCAGGAGCUAUCUGGUUCUAGCAGACUCAAAAUAACCCCCUACCGUGUCAGGGUUCAAGUUAUACCACCAAAAUGAGCUUGAUCCUAAAACGAAAAAAAAAAAAAAGUUUUACCUAGUGAUUUUCUGUUUCUUCCCCCAACUUUGGUGAAUGGUGACUAUUUUAUUGAAAAGGUCACCCUGUAAAAAUGGAUAAUAGAUACUGUAAGUUUUUAACUGGCUGUUUUUUUUUUUU